GAGAGAGCCCCGGCCGCUCGGCUUCCCCUCCCCUCCCCCUCCCCGGGGUCGCGCGGACACAGCCGAGAAGCCGGCCCGGGCCCCCAGAUGUGCAGCCCGCCCCCAGAUGUGGAGGAGGAACGCCCGCUCCUUCCCUGUCCCAGAUGUGGCCCUCGGCCCCGAUGCGCAAGACGCCCCCUGACCCCAGAUGUGCAAGAGGAGGUCCCCACUCCCCCCCGCUCCCGUCCUGCCUACCGGGAGGGAGAGGUCCCCCGGAGCCCGCCCGCGGGGAAUAUCGGCAGAUGGGAUGCGGCUGUGAAAGAGGCGCCGGCUGUCCAGAUGUGCACCCGCGCUCCCCAGCUGCAGAAAGCCGGAGCCUGGGAGGGGGAGGGAGACCCCCCGGUGCGCCCCAGACACCCCAGGCCCCGCCCAGAGGUGGCUCCAAAUGCAGAUGAGGAGCCGGCUCCCAGAGGAGGGCGCGGCCGCCUGCGACUCUUCCGAGCCCUUCCCUUCUUUCCCCUUCCAGAUCGGGGGAGGGGAAGGGGGAGGGGAGGAGGGAGCUCAGGCCCCCAAGCAUCCCCCUUUAACCUUGUCUCUUCCCUUGCUCUCCCCAGCCAUGUCCUACCCUGUGACCAGCCAGCCCCAAAGCCAGAGCACCUGCUACCAGACUCAGCAAAGUGACUGGCACACAGAACUCACUGACUGCUGCAAUGACAUGCCCGUGUGUCUGUGCGGCACCUUCGCCCCCCUGUGCCUGGCCUGCCGCAUCGCCGAUGACUUCGGAGAGUGCUGCUGUGCGCCCUACCUGCCCGGGGGGCUCCACUCCCUCCGUACCGGCAUGAGGGAGCGCUACCACAUUUUGGGCUCCGUUGGAAACGACUGGGCGUCGCUCACUUUCUGCCUGCCCUGCGCGCUCUGCCAGAUGGCCCGGGAGCUGAAGAUCAGACAGUGAGCGCCCGCCCCAACUUGGCCCACUCGGUCCUUCCGACCCCCCGCUCCCCCCCACCCCUCCCCCAAUAAAAUUGGAAAACCAAA